AGUCUCUCGAUAGUGUAACAUCAGCAACAGUAGCCAUGAACCGGCAGUUUAAAGACCGCGACUUUGCUGAAACAGUCGAGAAGCUGAAGCAGAAAUAUUUGGAGAGGAGGAAACAGUUGGCACCUCCAGAAGACAUUGGCGUUACCUCCGGGACCAGUGACGAGACGGUACAAAGGUUCAUUUUGGUCAACAGAUUCAAACGGCCGAGCAACGAGUUGAAAUGCUACAGCAAAGCUUUGCGUGAGCUGGUCAAAGCGGUUACCAACCAUCCUGACCAGUUUGGCAGCGAUGGAGGUCUGCAGAGCAGUAACGAUGACCUGAGCGGGGACUCGGCCACUGCCCCACUUCAGGAGUCUCCGCUGCAUUUAACAGAAACGGAUGUGACCUUGCCCUCCUGUCUAGAUGGUAGCCCUGGGUCCCAGGAAACUGAGACUGAGGGGGAAUUGCAUAGAGCUCGCCGUCUUCCCGACUCCUGCCCUUCCUCUUCCCUAGUACUCGCAAAGGUGUACCAGGAGAUGAUGACCAUCUAUGAACAACUAAAGGCGGAGCGAGAAAGCCAACAGCAGUGGGAGAAGGAGCUGCAGGAACGAGAAAGGAGGCUGAAGCAACAGGAGGAGGCUGUUGGGAGGCUUGCUGGGUUGGAGGAGAUGCUGCACCGUCCGGCUGAAGAGGAGAAACACCAGCAAGAGAUGAGCAAACUGCAGGAUCUUCUUCGAGAGAGGAGCAAGGAGAACAGGAGGCUCAGAUCCAGCUUUGACACCAUCAAGGAGCUGAAUGACGGCAUGAAGAAACAGUUGAUUGAGAUCAAUGAACAGAAUAAAACAUUGGAGAGCCAAUCCAAGAGGGUGCAGGCUCGACUGGAGAACCUACAGAGGAAAAAUGAGCAAAGCAUACCACAGAGAGGCUGUCCAAAAGUGAGUGUUAAGAGCGAAGAAUGUAUUAAACCAUCCAAAAAGGAGAAAACUGCUGCUUCUGGAAAACCGAGCAACAAGCGCAGCUCCAGUCCCAACCGACUAAAGCUCCUGGCCCUUCUACUGGACUGGGUACUCGAUGGGGAGUCGUUGUCAUCAGUAGCAGGGAACGAAGGGAAAGGUGUCGGCCAGUGCCUGCCACCGGAGUUGGUCCUGAACGAGAGAUGCCUCAAGGUGCUGCCGUUAUUAGCAGAUCAGCUUCAUCGCACUCCUUUGUCAGAACCCGACCUCCUCCUCAACCUGCUUCGCCUCAUCCACUGGGCUUUCAGACACAUGGACAGCAGUACACAGCUUGUGGCGCUCUCUGCCACACUGCGGCGAAUAGGAGAGGAAGUAUCAAAGCCGCCAGCCCAGGUAACGGGGCGUCAGUCUGAAGAUCCAGACCUGCCCAAGCCCGACAGUGGGGCUGCCGGUGGACCUGGCAGGAGCUGGCCCCUUUCCUGCAGCCCCUGCCCUCACACGCGCAUCCUGUCUACCAUCAUCAUCCUACGCACUGUCACGCAAGCUGACGUGCUGGCCCAGGCUCUCUACGGUCUCCGUACCGAGCUGAUGUCGGAGGAGAGCCGAGGCCUGUUCAUCCGCUAUGGAGGAGUGUGUGAGCUGCUGUCCGUGCUGCAGGCUGGCCGUGGAGGUCUGCACACACCUGUGGACAUCCUCAUGCAGCUGUCUGAGCAGUCCUGCUACUUAAGUCCCUUCCUGGAGGCAUGUGGCUGUAACGAGUUUUUCCAAAUGGCCUCCCAGCUUCUGAAAAACCCUCGUCUGGAGUUUCCAACGCUGGAGAAGCUCUCCAUCCUUCUACAGAAGCUCUCCAACAUCAGGAAGACCCGCCGUCUGUUUGAACGGUCCUCCCUGCACCUCCAAAUACAAGAACUUCUUCACAACGCCAACCAGUCGCACACGUUCCUUUGCCUCAACCUUAGGUCCAUCCUCCACAACCUCAAAUAACACGCACACACCACCACCACACACACGCACACACUUCUGCCUGUUCUCCCGGUGAGGAUAAGGGUGACGCACCUCGUGUUUCCGUACUUCAGCACGUUGCUCGCUAUGUGCUCAAACUGUUUUAAACAUGUUUCCAAUGUUGCAUUACUUAAAUGUUCCAUCUUGGUCUACCUCCAAUGUAUUUCUUUAUUUAUAUUGUAAGAUGUUUUUUGAAGUUCUUGUGUCCGUCGGACGUACUUUCUUUCAUGUUCCGUAUUCGUUGCCCUUUCUGACGCGAUUUUCUGUGACUGGAAACGACUGUCAUGCUUCCCAGCGGCCUUAAUGGGUGUCUGAUGUGCUCCGAGGAAGAGAGGCUGGGGCUGUGGAGCUUUUUAAUGACAAUAAACAAAAAGAACUGAAAGACAUUAA